GGAAGUGCCCCUUCCGCAUCACGCCACCGGAAGUUCUCUUCCGCGGCUAUGAAGUAGGCUCAGUUUACGAAAUCAAGGUUGAGUUUCUCAACCGGGAAGGACUUGGAAGGCGACUCAGGUAAUGAGAAAUUCGUCUUUUAAGCGUUACCUAGAAGUAAAAGAUAUAAUCUGACUCUUCCUCUAGUUCAAGUAAAAAACACCGGCGCACGCCUCUCCUAAGCGGACUCAGAGCGGAAUUCAUAUCGCUCGUUCCGAGUUUCCUAACACCAUAGAUUGAUGUUUGUAGCUUCUCAAAAAAUCAAAAAUCAAAUUUGGCCGCUCGCUUCAUCCAGGCUCGUUCCGAUGCAGACUCAAGUAUUUUCAGUUUCAAGUGGCUUCACCUACGAAAAUCGGAAUGUUGGAAAGGAUGCCUCCAUAGCUCCCGGAAUGAAAGCCCAUCUCUCCAUAUGGUUCUCUCCGCUAGACCUCAAUGAUGUAAGCGAAGUUCUUUACGUCCAGACCGAACAGGGACGGUUUCCGAUACCACUCAAUGCGAGAAGGGUACUUCUGCUAUGAGAAGGAAAUGGAAUAUCUCUCUAAACUUCUUGCGUAGUCAACAUCACAUUCACAGUGAUGAAAACUGUUGAUUGUAUUUAAGUAUUUCGUAUUUCUUCAACUUACUCCUUGUUUAUCGUUACAACUACUACAUUCAGUUUCAACCGGAG